CGAUCUAUUGCUUGAGGGAGUGACCAUACGAUCUGACUCAACUCGACUCCAGUUGAUCUGAUUCGAGGUUUGCAUCGACGAUCAGCAUAUCAUAUUCAUAUUCUCUUUCUACACUUUCGCUCAAAAUUCCGAUACACAAACGAUCAUCAUGAAAACCUCAACACUCAUGACAAUGGUCCUUGCGGCUGCCACUAACUUAAUGGUCCAUGCCGCAACAGUGAGCAACGAUCCUGUCGUGGAACCUGUCCUCAACCAGAUGACCUCUCAAGGCUGCUGGAAGUCGAAUGGCAACUUGACAGUUGGAUACGAAGGAGUGAAGACAACAAGUGGUUGGUGCUGGGAUAUUUGCAAGAAGAAGAGCUCCAAGGUUUUCAGUGUCCAAGGAUCCAAGUGCUAUUGUGGCGACGUUUAUCCCAAGGAGGGUGAUCAAGUUGACGACGACAAAUGCAACUGGCCAUGCCCUGGCUACGGCAAAGCAGCUUGUGGUGCUCUGAAGAAUUACUGGUCAGUCUACAACUCAGGCGAAGACCUUGCGCCCGACAAUUAUGUGCCAGAAGAAACGACGACAAGUGCUGCCCCUUCUUCCACCAAGGCUGCGGAGACUACUGCCGCAGAGGAGUCUUCUCCUGCAACAGGAACUCAGGACGCCGCUACUACUUCAGAAGCCGCUUCAGAUGAUAAGAAGGAUGGCCCCAACGUGGCCGCUAUUGCCGCGGGCGUGGUUGUCGGCGUGGUUGUUAUUGCUGCUAUCGGAGGUGGUGCUAUUUUCUUCGUUCGUCGCCGACGCAAUGCUGAGAUAGAAGAGGAGCACCGUCGGAACGCGGCUGUAAAUGCUUUCAUCAACGGCUCCAAGCCCCCCGGCAGCAGCGGUAGCAUCUCUAUGACUGAUUCGCGCCUUGACCCAGUCAUGGCUCACCGACGACUCAGUGACGGCAGCAUCGCCGAUAACCAAGAUUACUCUCGAAGAAUUCUACGGGUCACCAACGCAUGAACGAGUGUCCGGUCUGGGAUCUUCAAAGCCAAUUACUUCUCAAUCAUUAUUUCACAAUCGGCAUUUACGGCGUUUUCGGGAUGAUAGCUCAUGUGUAUUUGCCAAUCGAUCACUCCCGACGAUCUGGCGGCGUUUGACUCUUUUCUGGGCGUAGGACUAGACAUUUCUUCUACUAUUUGCGUCCGCGGAAUUACGACUGGAUUUGAUCAAUCACGCUCCA